AUAUGAUCACCUAGAAAGAAAGCCAAGUCAUUGCCGUGUUUGACCUUUAAACCCUUUCGCACCAAAAAUAUAUUUAUGUAUAGAAAAUAAUAAUAUUAUAAAACUGAUUAAGAGAUCGAGAUUUUGAUUUUGAUUUUUAUAUUUAUGAAUCCAAGUCGUUUUGGUUCUUUUUCUUCUUCUUCUCUCCAAGUCUUUUAUUCAGUGUUUUUGAGUUUUUCUUUUCUUCUUUCUCGAGAAAAUUCUUGUGAUACUUUCUCGAGAAAGUUUUCGGUGGUGAAGAAGAGGAAGAAGAGAAAGAAAACAAGGGUCGGAGGAUAUGAGAGGUGCCGGUAGUAUUACUAUUGAUGGAGACUCCAGAGCUUUGAAUAACGCUUUAGAAACUAUUAACGCUGCUGCCACUGCGAUCGCCUUUGCUGAGAAUCGUGCUCCUCAAGCCUCUGUUCCCAAGAGAAGAUGGGGGAGUUGCUGGAGCCUAUAUUGGUGUUUUGGAUUCCCCAGAAACAACAGAAAGAGAAUUGGGCAUGCUGUUCUUGUUCCAGAAACAUCACAACCAGGAACCACUGCUCCAAGAGCUGAAAAUAUAUCCCAACCACCCACCGUUGUAGCACCUUUCAAUGCUCCUCCCUCCUCGCCUGCAUCUUUUUUUCUAUCAGAACCUCCAUCUGUUACACAAUCUCCAGCUGCUUUUCCAUCACUCUCUUCUGUAUCUGCCAGUAUGUACUCUCCAGGGCCCCCUUCAAUGUUCGCAAUUGGUCCUUAUGCACACGAAACUCAGUUAGUUUCACCACCUGUUUUCUCUACUUUCACAACCGAACCAUCAACUGCUCCCUUUACUCCACCUCCCGAAUCUGUGCAUUUAACAACGCCUUCCUCUCCCGAGGUUCCAUUUGCUCAGUUGCUUGACCCAAAAUUUCAGAAUGGCGAAGCUGGUCAGAGAUUCCCCAUAUUCCACAACGAAUUCCAAUCCUAUCAGCUCCAACCUGGAAGCCCAGUUGGUCACCUUAUAUCUCCAAGCUCAGGCAUAUCAGGUUCUGGCACAUCUUCUCCUUUCCCUGAUAGAGAUUUUGCUGCAAAUGGUCCCUACUUCCUUGAAUUCCGAACAGGUGAACCUCCAAAGCUACUGAACCUCGAUAAGCUCUCCAAAUUCGAUUGGGGCUCAAGACAAGGCUCUGGCUCAUUGACACCAGAUACCUUGAAGCCCUCUCCUCCACCUACUGAUGGUUAUCUCCUUAAAACUCAUACAUUUGAGGCUACACCAAACUUGCCUUCACACUUCAGAUACCGCAAUGGCGAAACUGUAGCUGACCAUAGAGUCUCAUUUGAGCUAACUAGUGAAGAUGUUGUAAGGUGUGUGGAGAGGAAAUCUUUGGCCUUGGCUGGAGCAGUAUCCACAUCUCUAAGAGACACAUCAAUAAUGGAAAGAGAAGAACACAAAACAGCCAAUGGUUGUUACAAUGAUGAUGACCGAGUUGGUGAAACAUUAAACAAGGACGCCCCAGAGAAGGCUCCAUCUUGUGUGGAGGAAAAUGGGGAUGAGGUAGCGAGUGAUCAGAGUCAUAGGUCCAUAACUCUUGGUUCUGGUUCUGCCAGGGAAUUCAAAUUUGACAAUGCAGCAGAUGCAGUAGAGUCUCAGAAGUCAGAAAUAAACUCAGAUUGGUGGGCUAAUAAGAAAGUUGCAGGGAAGGAAGGUGCGCCACCCUGUCAAGAUUGGGCCUUUUUCCCUAUGAUGCAACCAAGUUUAAGUUAACUUUGCCUGCCUCCUUUGUGAAUUGUGGGGGACCAGAUUGGUGCAUCGUUAAGGCCAUAAUAGGCUCCUGACUAUAGAGUUUUUUUUUUUUUUGAACGAAUGACCUAUGACCCUUAGAAAAGGCGAUAUUUUGUAAAUAAUAAUAAUAAUAAAAGCAAGAAAUUGGGGGAGGUGGUGAUCUGAUCAAAUUAGGCUCUCAAAAAAGGUAUAGAUAGACAUUAGUUAUAAAAGUAACUUGUUUUUCAUAUUUUGUCAAUGUUUUCCACGUUUCGUUUUUAUGUGAACGCAGUCUGGUUGACUUCUUUUUUUAA